CAGCUGAGCAAGGACGCUGUCGUCGUCACCUGCGCACCACGGGCUCUCGGCACGCACGCUCCGAGUCCCUCCAGUUGCCGUCCGUCUCCUGAAGCAGCAGGUGCCGCGGGGAUAGCGGCUCAGCUUCGAAGCCACCAGCCUCGCGGGCCAGUCACAUGGAGGGCAGCGGCAGGCCGGCCCCAGCUGAGGUGCUGGAGGAGGCAGGCGACUUGCCCCAGGGCAGGCUGCCGCAGGGGUCCGAGGGCGAGGCGGGGCUGGCGGGACCCGAGGGCGCAGGGGACGCCGCCUCGGGCUCCGGCUGCGAGGCUGAGGUCGGCCAAGGGCCGCGCCGGGCUCUCAGGGCUGUGUAUGUGCGCAGCGAGAGUUCUCAGGGGGCGGCGGCUGGCGACCCCGAGGCCGGGGCUCUCAAGUGCCUCCUUCGAGCCUGUGAAGCCGAGGGCGCCCACCUCACCUCCAUACCCUUCGGGGAGCUCGACUUCGGGGAGACGGCCGUGCUCGAUGCCUUCUACGAUGCAGAUGUUGCGAUCGUGGACAUGAGUGAUAUCUCCAGACAGCCUUCCCUUUUCUACCACCUGGGAGUCCGAGAGAGUUUUGACAUGGCUAACAACGUCAUUCUGUACUAUGAUACUGAUGCAGACACUGCUCUGUCAUUGAAGGAUAUGGUUACUCAAAAAAACAUAGCAUCUAGUGGAAAUUAUUAUUUCAUCCCUUACACCGUGACACCAUGUGCUGAUUAUUUUUGCUGCGAAAGUGAUGCCCAAAGGCGAGCCUCAGAGUACAUGCAGCCCAACUGGGACACCAUCCUGGGCCCAUUGUGUAUGCCCCUGGUGGACAAGUUCACUAGCCUCCUUAAGGACAUCCGUGUGACCUCAUGUGUUUAUUACAAAGAAACCUUGUUAAAUGACAUCCGGAAAGCCAGAGAGAAAUACCAGGGUGAUGAACUGGCAAAAGAGUUGACUCGGAUCAAACUCCGCAUUGAUAAUAUUGAGGUUCUGACAUCGGACAUUAUCAUUAACUUACUCCUGUCCUACCGUGAUAUCCAGGACUAUGAUGCAAUGGUCAAGCUGGUAGAAACACUGAAGAUGCUGCCUACAUGUGAUUUGGCUGAUCAGCACAACAUUAAAUUCCACUAUGCAUUUGCACUGAAUAGGAGAAACAGCACGGGUGACCGUGAGAAGGCUCUUCAGGUCAUGCUUCAAGUUCUGCAAAACUGUGAUCACCCAGCUCCUGACAUGUUUUGCCUGUGUGGGAGGAUCUAUAAGGACAUCUUCCUGGAUUCAGGCUGUGAAGAGGAUGCAAGCAGAGACAGUGCCAUUGAGUGGUAUCGCAAAGGGUUUGAACUCCAGUCAUCUCUUUAUUCGGGAAUUAACCUUGCAGUUUUACUGAUAGUUGCUGGACAGCAGUUUGAAACUUCGAUGGAACUAAGGAAAAUAGGUGUCCGGCUGAACAGUUUAUUGGGAAGAAAGGGGAGCCUGGAGAAAAUGAACAAUUACUGGGAUGUAGGUCAGUUCUUCACCGUCAGCAUGUUGGCAAGCGAUAUUGGGAAGGCUGUCCAGGCAGCAGAGAGAUUGUUCAAACUGAAGCCCCCAGUCUGGUACCUGCGGUCGUUAGUUCAGAACUUGCUGUUAAUUCAGCGCUUCAAGAAAUCCAUUACAGAACAUUCACCCAGGCAGGAACUGCUUAACUUCUGGUUAGAUAUAAUUUUUGAAGCAACAAAUGAAGUUACUAAUGGACUCAGAUUUCCAGUUCUGGUAAUAGAGCCAACCAAAGUCUACCAGCCUUCUUACGUUUCUAUCAACAAUGAAGCUGAAGAAAGAACGGUUUCUUUAUGGCAUGUCUCACCCACAGAAAUGAAACAAAUCCAUGAAUGGAAUUUUACACCCUCUUCUAUUAAGGGAAUAAGCCUGUCCAAGUUUGAUGAACGGUGUUGUUUUCUUUAUGUCCAUGAUAAUUCUGAUGACUUUCAAAUCUACUUUUCCACUGAAGAUCGGUGUAAUAGGUUUUGCUCUUUGGUCAAAGAGAUGCUAAACAAUGGAGUGGGCAGUACAGUGGAGUUGGAGGGAGAGACGGAUGGAGACACCUUAGAGUAUGAAUAUGACCAUGAUGGAAAUGGGGAGAGAGUUGUCUUGGGGAGCUCCUAUGGGCUUGUGUAUGCUGGCCGAGAUCUCAGUAAUCAAAGUACGAAUAGCCAUCAAGGAAUCCCAGAGAAAGAUAACAGGUACUCUCAGCCUCUGCAUGAAGAAAUAGCCCUGCACAAAUAUCUCAAGCAUCGCAACAUUGUUCAAUACCUAGGCUCUGUUUCCGAGAAUGGCUACAUUAAGAUAUUUAUGGAGCAGGUGCCUGGAGGUAAGUAGGAAGCCCUUUCUGCUCUCUUGCGAUCCAAAUGGGGACCAAUGAAGGAACCCACUAUCAAGUUUUACCAAACAGAUCCUGGAAGAAGCCUGAAGUAUCUCCAUGAAAAUCAGAUAUGUUCACAGGACAUAAAGGGCGAUAAUGUUCUGGUGAACACCUAUAGUGGAGUGGUAAAAAUCUCUGAUUUUGGAACAUCUAAACGCCUUGCAGGAAUUAACCCAUGCACGGAGACCUUUGCGGGGACUCUUCAGUACAUGGCACCUGAGAUUAUUGAUCAGGGACCUCGAGGGUAUGGUGCUCCAGCUGAUAUCUGGUCCUUGGGCUGCACCAUCAUUGAGAUGGCAACCAGCAAGCCUCCAUUCCAUGAGCUUGGUGAGCCACAAGCAGCCAUGUUCAAGGUAGGGAUGUUUAAGAUCCACCCUGAAAUUCCAGAAGCCCUUUCGGCAGAAGCCAGAGCCUUCAUCUUAUCUUGCUUUGAACCUGAUCCUCAGAAACGGGUCACAGCUGCUGACCUACUCAGAGAAGGGUUCUUAAGGCAGGUGAACAAGGGCAAGAAGAACCGAAUUGCUUUCAAGCCUUCAGAGGGUGUCCGGAGCAGCGCUGGUACCCUGGCCCUGCCCUCAUCGGCUGAGCUUAUGGGCAGCAGCAGCAGUGAACAUGGUUCCAUUUCCCCAGACUCGGAUGCCCAGCCUGAUGCAUUCUUUGAGAAAGCUCAGGUGCCCAAGCAUCAGCUCAGCCACCUUCUCAGUGUCCCAGAUGAAAGCUCGGCCUUAUCCCCAGAGGAGAGGGAUCCUGGUCUUUUUCUGCUGCGCAAAGACAGUGAGCGCAGAGCCAUCCUGUACAAAAUCCUUUGGGAGGAACAGAACCAAGUGGCUUCCAACUUGCAGGAGUGUGUGGUCCAGAGUUCAGAAGAGUUGCUUCUCUCAGUUGGCCACAUCAAACAGAUAAUUGGAAUCCUCAGAGACUUCAUCCGCUCUCCAGAGCACAGGGUGAUGGCGGCAACAAUAGCAAAACUAAAGGUGGACCUGGACUUUGACAGCUCAUCCAUCAACCAGAUUCACCUGAUCCUGUUUGGAUUCCAGGAUGCUGUCAACAGAAUUUUGAGAAACCACUUAAUUAGGCCUCACUGGAUGUUUGCAAUGGACAACAUCAUUCGCAGAGCUGUGCAGGCUGCAGUUGCCAUUCUCAUCCCAGAGCUCCAAGCCCACUUUGAGCCUGCCUCUGAGGCCGAAGGGGUGGACAAGGACACAGAAGUGGGAGGGAAUUAUCCCUUUGUAGACCUGCUUGGCCAAGAAGUGCAUAUGACACCCAGAGGUACCAGACCUGGCUCAGUUGCUAUCGAAGAGGGCCAGCCCCAGCAGCAGGACCCAAGCUUCCAACUAAGCAAGCUCAGGCAAGAGACCAACAGACUUUGGGAACACCUAGUUGAAAAAGAAAGAGAAUACCAGAAUCUUCUACGGCUAACUCUAGAACAGAAAACUCAAGAAUUACAUCAUCUUCAGUUACAAUACAAAUCCAGUGGUGGUACAGAGAAUCCAGCACCCCCUGAUGAACUGGGAACAGACAGAGAGCUUAUAGACUGGUUGCAACUACAAGGAGUGGAUGCAAAUACAAUAGAAAAGAUUGUUGAAGAAGAUUAUACACUUUCUGAUAUUCUCAAUGACAUUACUAAGGAAGACCUAAGGUGCCUUAGAUUACGCGGUGGUGUCCUCUGUAGGCUCUGGCAUGCAGUCUCCCAGCACAGAAGACAAAUGGAGGAGUCCUCACACUGAGCCAAGCUGGAGAGAAUAAGCAAAUACCCUACCUACCACCUGCUUAUGGUCAAAGCUUCUGUUCGUGUACGUGUACACACAAAUCCUGCGUUUACAUCAAUUCCAGCAUGUAUAAUUUUAGACCAUCCUUGUUUCUAAACAGGAUUGUAUGUAACAGCAACCAUGAUCUAGUAGUAUCUUGAAUUCUUAGAACUACUUAAUUUAAAAAGUCAGCAUACCUUAUAGUAACUGCUGGAAAAGAUAAAGCAUAAUACUUAAAUGUGAAAGGUAAAAAACAGUGUGCCUUGCAAUGGGAGUACAAGUUCAUGUUUGUUAAAUGUCUAAAAGGAGAAAAUUAAAGUAUAUCUAUCUUUGAAA